AUGCAGACGCAGAGGAGGAGGAGGCUGCUGCUGUCCCUACUCCGAGUCUGGACGCCGCUGGGCAUCCAGGGCAAGUACUCGGCCGGACUGACGAUUGCAGUCGGAGGAGCCAUAUCAGAAGCGACGUACGCCGGUAUCGCGUUCUGGGGCUUCGGCAGCUUCCUGGCGGGGGCCAAGUUCUUGCUGCCAUUGUCCAAAGUGCUGGGAGCGAUCAUGUUCACGCUCAUUGGACUGGUGUUCCUGAAGGCUGACAUGAAGCCGUCUCUGGACCCUGACGUCGAAGCCUCUCAUGGGAAGGCGGCGCGACGACCUCAGGGUGAAGUGCUCAAGAACAUCCUCAUGGGACUCACGAUGUCCGGGAUUAACCCAGCGUUGCUCGCGUCCUACACGGGUGCAAUCGCAUCAGUGUACGGGACCGGCAUGCUGGAGUUCACGCUAUUCCUGGCCGUCGUAUUUGCAAUUGGCGUCUGCUGCGGCGUUUCAACGUGGUUUUACUUGCUACUUUCGCUGCUUAAGAAGUACAAGCAGCGUCUACAAAACCACACCAUCGACUUAAUAAUGCGUGGCCUGGGCUGCUUCCUGUUGACGCUAGUAUCACCCGAGUCGAAGUAG